GGUGCAAAACCCCUCCCUGGACGGCAUCCGUUACUUGGGACCCCAGAGCCUUUAGUGGGUUUAAGAAGAAAGGGGGAGAAAAGUGAGCAGAAACAAGAUUCUAAGCUACAUAGAAGAGGUUCUUGGGGAAGGGGGCCUAAUGGGACUGAUGACGUUCCUUCUCCUUUAGUUUUAAAGCCGGUUCCAUUGGAUUUUGAUCAGUGUACUCCUGUGAAAGAGCGGUCUAAUUCAGUGAGAACUCCGAUGAUGUCUCCAAUGAUAAGAAGGGUAGCAAGGGAUGGGAAUGCUGCUAGUGCUGGUGUAAGGUGUUCUUUUGGUGGGGGAUUGUUGGCUAAAAUAAUGGAUACAAAAGGAGAAAGUCCUGCUUUGCUUAGGAAAAGCUGUGUUGCACCUUCUUCUGCCUCAAAGUUUCCACGGAGCAAAAGUGUUUGUGAUCGAGAGCCAAGGAUCCCAAUUAGUCCUCUCAAAUCAGCUGAAAAGAAAAGUUCAGCCCCACCACCAAGUUUAAGAAGUGGAAGGGCUGUAGUUGCUUCCCUCAAUAUGGGUGGAAAUGUGCAGAACAACUCCAAACCAACUGUUGCUGCACAACAACAACAAUCAGAGUUUGAUAAUAACCCAGCCUUUGAUAAUAGCAGAAGUCUACCCAUGAAUUUGCCUGGGAAGCUUGGCAUGUUGGGCAGGGGAGCUGUUCAGCAGCGAGAAACAGCCCAGAAGAUUGCUCUCCAAGCACUAAGAGAUGCUACAGCCACAGAUAAUAUAGUUCGCUCUCUCAAGAUGUUUUCCAUCUUGAGCAAGUCAGCAAAACCAGAUGCUCCAUCUGCAUGCUUCAAUCAAUUUCUGGAGUUUCAUGCCCAAAUUUUACAGGCCGUGAGUGAGAUAGCGUCCGUUCAAGCAGCUAUUUCAGCUACUGAAAUGGCACAAAACUCAAAAGCUGAACAGAAAGAUAAACAAGGUGAAGAUGAUCCAGCAAUCUUGCAUGAAAUUGUGCACAACUCAAUGGACCAAAGCAGUAAUACAGAGUUAAGUUCAUCGAAAAGGCGAGCUGCAUUGUACAAGUCAAUCGCAGCCUUUCCUGAGAGAACUGAACAGAAGUCAAGCAUGGGAAGGCUCCUAACAUCAAAUUCCAACCCCAAGGUAUUCUCAGACAGGAGUGCACCACCAACUCCACUUGGCAAGCUGCCCCCUGAAGGUGUUGGUGAGAAUGAUGAAAACAAGAAACCAUUAUCUAGCAACUUAAGCAAUACAAUAAAAUUGGGUAAGCAAAUUGAAACUGAAGCAGGAAAUUGGUUUAUGAACUUCCUAGAGAAAGCUCUGGAGAAUGGUAUGAAGAAAUCCAAAGGCACAGCCGAUGGGGAUACUAAGAAAGUUCCUCGGUCUCUCAUACUUAAGGUUAUUAAUUGGGUAGAGGUAGAACAGUGUGAUGGUAACAAGCGGCCAGUUCAUCCAAAAGCAACACAGGUAGCUAGGAAGCUUAGGAUUAAGAUGAAGAACCCUUGAAUUGGUCCACAAAAUUUUUAAGCAGAUAUUACACUUUUCAAAAUAGUACUUUUCAUGACUUUUUCAUUGUUUGGUUUCCAAUCAC